GGCGGGCGAGUGAGCGCGGGGGUUGCGCCGGGCGGGCACGUCCCCCCCGCUCCGCUCCGCUCCUCCCCGCGCCGGCGGCACCAGCGCGAGGGGCAGAGGACGAUGCGCUGAGCUGGUCGCGGCGAAGGUACUGCUAUGUGGAUACUUUUUAGCAAUGACUGAUGUAGAAUCUACAUAUGCAGAUUUUAUUGCUUCAGGAAGAACAGGUAGAAGAAAUGCACUACAUGAUAUCCUUGUGUCCUCCACAGGAGGGAACUCUAGUGAACUAGCUCUAAAGUUAGCAGAGCUUGAUAUAAACAAAACAGAAGGUGAAGGAGAUGCACAAAGAAAUCCAAAUGAACAAACUGAAGAGGCCCAGGGGGAAGCAGCCAAACAAGAAAGCUGACAUCCAACUUUGACUGACAGGAGCAGCUGCUGGAUGUUUUUCCAGCCUCCAAGAAACAAAUUUGUUUCCACAAGCAAGCAGAUGGAAAAGAAAAUGGAUGUGUUUCGCUGCUGGAGCCUGCUCACCGUAAUGCUAAAAAUGAGGGGGCAGGCUAUGGCAGCAGACAGAAUUCUCUCUACCUCUGUCACUAGCAAUGGCUGAAACUCCGUUGUUGAUCCCAGGACAUAGUUGGAUGGAUCUCUUCAGAGCAACCACUUCAUGGCACAGCUUGUAGAAAGUAGAAUAAACUAGAUCAUUCUUGUAGCAAAAGGCCUUUGAAACAUUGGGGAUUCAAUUGUGUUCUGUGGAGAAGGUUUGCGUGAUCCUCAGAGUUUUAAAUUCUCUGGCCAAAGUGUUCACCCACUAAAAGAACUGUAAAGAAAGCACUGUUUUUAGAACUCUGCAUCUGUGUUUUACAGCUGUUAUUUACAAUGUUUUUGUAUUGUACAAUUUAGAUGCUCUACACUGCCCCUUCAAAAUGCUUAUGAAGAAUAUUUCUGUUACUGUGAAUUUUUCUACCACUUGUUUGAAAGGGCUGGUUUUUGCAUAAUGUGGUGGUGCACACAUGAUAGAUUUCAAUGUCAACUGCUAAACUGAUCAUGCCUAAAACUAACGACUCAUCAACACUCCAUUUGAUUACUAGAUGAGCCUUCAGAGUGAUUCAUUAAUGUGAAAUAGUUUGGUGUGUUUUGUGUCUGGUACAGUUUUGCCACUUGCCUGUAGUUAGCUGCAUAUCAGAAAUUAGAACUGAAUUUUGGUCUUUCCUAUCUUAUAAUUUGUCUCCAAUUUAUUAAUCUUUCUCCAGGCUCUUUUUCUUAAGUCAGUCCAAUCAGUUUGUUAUCACUGUAGUUUCAAGAGCAAAACUUAGCCUACGUGGUUAAAAAAACACAAAAACAACAAAAAAUGAUUUUAAGAAUAACUACAACCCCCAUGGUGCUAGUGAAUCCGUGGUUCCUGCUGUUAAACACACGCCUUUUGUUAACUUGUGGGGAAAAUGACCAACAUAACCAUUCUGGUAUGAUUUUAGGUAUUCUAAAAUAACUUCCCUAUCUGGACACUCUAUUCUGGAAUAAAUUCACUUUUAUUCCAGAACGAAGUGUCCAUACUGUUAAGUUGAUUAUGGAAUAGCUCAUUCUGCUGUAGCUAUGCCAGCCUGUCUCCUCUAUAAAGACUAGAAAUUACACUAGUGGUUUAAAUUGAGGUAGUCCUACCUCCCUGUGAAUGAGGUAUGUGAGAAGAAUGACUAAUACUGUGGCAAUCGCAUAAGUAUCAAUCACAGAAUAAAAAGUGGGGGGUUUUUAAUUAACAGAAAGUGACAUUACCUUCUUUUGUUGGUUUAAAAUGUUAUGCACUUUUUAAUGUUUGUAAACUUUUAUUAAUGACUUGUGUGAUUGCUUUCUGAUAUAUUAAUAAUCAGUUAAUGAAACAUUAUUUACUGUUACAGCCACAGCCAUGGCUGUUUCUACAAUAUGUAUCAUGGUACUUGUCACAUGGAGUUUUUUUGUGGGAUGUGUAAACCUCCUGAUCAGUAUUAUGAGCUCAUUUAUUAGUGUUAAUAAAUAACAAACCAGCAGUGUG